AUGUACGACGAAACUUUGAAACUCCUCCGUAAACUAGCUCACUCGGCCUUGAGGCACUUUGCUACAGGGGAAGCUCUUCAGAAGCUCUUCUCAACCACCGUUCCCAAGCUGGAAGUUGAGGUUGCCAAGACAGCAGGCAAGCCAGUGGACCCUAAGGACCUAAUCUCGCUGCUCUUGUACAACACCUUCUCUGAGAUGUGCUUCGGAAAGAGGUUUGACAUGCAUGACCCUAAAGUCCUGCAGUCUAUGAAGCUGAUUGACGAGUUGGGCCAAAACAUAGGCCUAGGACUCCCUGAGGAUGUAUUCUCCAUUCUGCGGUAUGUACCUUACAAAAAGCGUGAUAUCAUCCGUGAAACUAUUAAAAAUAAGGAGUUCUUCAUGGAGCAGAUAGGAGAUCAUAAAGAUACGCAUAUACAAGGUGAAAUGACCGAUAUCUUUCAUAUGUUUCUGAAUGCACAAGAGAAAGCCAUGGCAGAGGAUAACAACAUGGAGAAACUAAGUGAUGAACAUCUCCUCUGGACUAUUAUCGAUAUGUUCGGUGCUAGUAUCCAAACCUCAACAGAAACUAUCUACUGGGCGUUGGCGUUAAUGACCGAACACCCUGAGAUCGCAGAUCGGGUCAGGAAGGAAAUUGACGAUGUGAUCGGACGUGACCGCAUCCCCGUCAUCGAAGAUCGCAGGAGCGUGCCGUACGCCGAAGCCACGCUAUAUGAGGUGUUGCGUUAUGCUUCCAUAGCACCUGUCCUUCUCCCACAUGCUACUACGUGUGAUACUACCUUGAGGGGUCAUGUCAUCCCUAAAGGUACAACGGUCAUAAUGAAUGUUUACUCCAUGCACUUUGAUCCUCGAGAGUGGAAAGAUCCAGAGAACUUCUGCCCAGAGCAUUUCCUUGCUGAAAAUGGCACAGUGCGUGAUCAUCCUCCCAGCUUCCUUCCAUUUGGAGCUGGCCGUCGUGGCUGUCUGGGUGAAGCCGUUGGCAAGGCUAUUCUCUUCCUUAUCUUCACCUGGUUCAUGCAGAACUACACCUUCAGCAAGGUUCCUGGCAAGGAAAGUGAGAGUCUGACCAACAUGAUCACCAAGGUUAAUGCAGGAAGGCUUCUGGUACCCUACGAGAUCAUGAUCAACAAGCGAGAGUAGACAUCGGGAUGCAUCAUUGUUUGGACAUCCCAUGCUCUUCUGAUAAUUUUUCAUAUGGCAAUUUACACACAACUAUAGCACUGUUAUGCUAUACUUAAUAAUUAAUUCCAGCUUCUAGUCUGUUCUUCAUCACCUAAAGCACCUGAAAUUAUAAGCAUCAAAGAGUAAAUGUUUUUCAAGAGUGCGGGUUUGUGUAUUUGAAUGUGUGUGUGCGUGUGUGUGUUGUUGCUUUUUUGUCUGUCCGGCAGCCUUUGUUCAAAACACUAUUUUAUUCCUCACCUAGCAACUUGGCGCAAGUGAGAUCUGGCAGUCUUGUAAAGAAUGUCUGAUGUU